CGCGGCGGCGGGCGGGCCGGCGGCCAUGUUGCGAUAGUCUGUUGUUUUCUUCCUGCGGAGCUGCGGGGCCGGAGAGGCGGAGACCACCGGCCGCCUCCCCCUGUGCCCGGUCCCGGCCCGCCGCCCCCCGUGCCCCGCCGCGCGUCUCUGGGCCCGGCCGGCCGGCGGCCUCCCGGCUGGCUUGGCGGGGCGACCCUGAAGGCCCGCGAGCACCAUGGCGGCCGCCCUGGGAGCGGGCGGAGGAGCCGGCACCGGAGAUGAUGACUUUGACCAGUUUGAUAAGCCUGGCGCAGAGCGUUCUUGGAGAAGAAGAGCCGCCGACGAGGACUGGGACAGUGAACUUGAAGAUGACUUACUUGGAGAAGAUUUGUUGUCUGGCAAAAAGAACCAGUCAGAUUUGUCAGACGAAGAGCUGAAUGAUGACCUCUUACAGAGCGAUAAUGACGAUGAAGAAAAUUUCAGUUCUCAGGGUGUCACAAUUAGUUUAAAUACCACGUCUGGCAUGGUCACAUCAUUUGAACUGUCUGACAACACCAACGACCAGUCUGGAGAACAGGAGUCCGAGUAUGAACAAGGAGAGGAUGAGCUUGUCUAUCACAAAUCCGACGGCUCCGAACUCUACGCUCACGACUACGCAGAAGAAGGGCAGUACGAAGGCCAGGACGCCGAGCUGCCGGACGAGCACAUGCAGUACGUGGAGGAGCACGAGGAGGCGCAGCUGUACAGCGACGAAGUGUUGGACAUCGAGAUCAAUGAGCCUUUAGAUGAGUUCACAGGAGGUAUGGAAACUUUGGAACUGCAGAAGGACAUAAAAGAAGAAUCAGAUGAAGAAGAUGAUGAUGAUGAAGAAUCUGGACGGUUACGUUUCAAAACUGAAAGGAAAGAAGGAACAAUUAUUAGGCUCUCCGAUGUAACUAGAGAGAGAAGGAACAUUCCAGAAACUUUGGAGCUUUCAGCAGAGGCCAAAGCCGCGUUGCUGGAAUUCGAAGAACGAGAGCGACAGCACAAGCAGGGACGCUACGGCUCCAGGCGGGGCGGAAGGCGAGGCGGCCCUGCGGCGUGCCGUGGGGUGGGAGACCCGAGGAGAGACCACAGCGAGCGGGCGAGGAUAAAAGAUCACAGGCCGGCCCUGCUUCCGACGCAGCCUCCUGGCAUGACGCACUCUCCAAGAUUAAUCCCUCCUCCGCAGCCGCAGCCGCCGCCACCUCCGCCGCCGCCGCCGCAGCCCAUCCGAAGUCUGUUCCAGCAGCAGCAGCUGCAGCCUCUGCUCCCCCUGCAGCACCCGCACCACGCCUCGCCCCCCCAGGGCGUGCACAUGCCGCCCCAGAUAGAGGCCCCGAGGGUGAUGAUGACCCCGCCCCCCGUGACCCCCCAGCAGCCCAAGAACAUACACAUAAACCCCCACUUCAAAGGGGCGGUGGUGACGCCCGUCCAAGUGCCCUUGCUGCCAGUCCCGAGCCAGCCGAGACCCGCUGUGGGGCCGCAGAGAUUCCCAGGGCCUCCAGAGUUCCCGCAGCACACACCUGGGCCCGUUCCCAGCAAUUUCAGCCAGCCCCCCCGACUUCCUCUCCAGGACCAGUGGAGGGCCCCGCCCCCACCGCAGGAGCGAGACCCUUUCUUCUUAGGAGUUUCAGGUGAACCAAGGUUCCCGAGUCAUCUCUUUCUGGAACAGCGAAGCCCCCCACCGCCACCGCCGCCCCCCACACUUCUUAGCAGCACUCACCCAGUGCCCACCCCUAGCCCCUUACCGUUCACUCAGCCUGGACCAGCGUUUAGUCAGCAGGGACAGCAGCCCGUGUUCCCCAGAGAGAGGCCCGUCCGGCCGGCCCUCCAGCCGCCAGGUCCCGUGGGGAUCCUUCACUUCAGCCAGCCGGGCUCAGCGGCCACGCGGCCCUUCAUCCCUCCGCGGCAGCCCUUCCUGCCUGGCCCGGGACAGCCGUUCCUGCCCACCCAUGCACAGCCUAACCUGCAGGGGCCCCUGCACCCCCCACUGCCGCCGCCGCACCAGCCGCAGCCCCCGCCCCCGCAGCAGCCCCCGCUCCAGCCGCAGCACCCGCCGCCGCUCCAGCCGCCCCCGCAGCACCCGCCGCCCCCGCAGCCGCCGCACCAGCCCCCGCACCAGCACCAGCACCACCUCUCCGUGCCGCCGCCGCCGCUCCUGCCCAUGGCGCAGCCCCAGUUCAGGCCUCACGUGCAGACGGCGCAGCCUCCGCCCAGCAGCGGCCGGAUGCAGUGCCCCCAGCGCCAGGGCCUGCGGCACAAUACAACUUCUCAGAAUGUACCCAAACGGCCCCUGCAGCAGCUGCAGCCGGCCGCCCCGAGGAACAGUAAUCUGCGGGAGCUGCCCGUCGCGCCGGCGCACGUCAUGGAGAUGAGCGGCAGCCGCUGCUCCUCCACGCCGGCGACUCCCGGGAAGCCUGUCGCCAGCACGUCACCGCCCACGAGGCCGGGGGGUGGGCCCAGGAGUGCACAGGGCAAGACCGAAGCCAAAGUCAAGCCAGUCAGCCCUGCGGUUCAGCCCAAAGAGGAGGCAAAAGCAGAACCAGAGUUCCCCGACGAAGACGAAGAAACGAGGCUGUAUCGCUUGAAGAUAGAAGAACAGAAGCGCCUGCGAGAAGAGAUCCUCAAGCAGAAGGAGCUGCGUCGGCAGCAGCAGGCGGGCGCGAGGAAGAAGGAGCUGCUGGAGAGGCUGGCCCAGCAGCAGCAGCUCCACCUGCCCCCCCCGGCCACGGCCGAGCAGGAGCAGCCCGCCGCCCCGUCGCCCGCCAACGGGAGCCCACUGUUCCCCUUCCCAGGUGCACAGGUCAGACAAAAUGUGAAAAACAGACUUCUCGUGAAAAACCAGGAUGUCACUGUUGCACAUGUUCAGCCCAAAACCUCCAGUUUUGUGCCAUCGGGUGCUAACAUGCAGUAUCACGGACAGCCGAUGAAACCGUUGAAACACUUGAGACAGGCCAGAGCCGUACCUCAGAGUCCAGCUCAGCACAAAGUCCUGCAGGUCAAACCUGCGGACGGGGAGGGGCCGCCACCCCCCUCGCAGACCGCUCGAGUGGCGUCCCUGCAGGGCCGGCCCCCGGACGCCAAGCCCGGCGCGAAAAGGACUGUCAUGCACCGGGCAAACAGCGGCGGCGGAGACGGGCCGCACGUCAGCUCCAAGGUCAGGGUGAUUAAGUUGUCAGGCGGGCAGGGAGGAGAGAGCGACGGCUUUUUUCACCCUGAGGGCCAGCCCCAGCGGCUCCCACAGCCCCCAGAAGUGAGACAGCAGCCCGCCCGCAAGGUGACGCUGACCAAGGGGGCCCUUCAGCAGCCCCAGCACCCGCCAGUGGGGUCCCACGUGCACUCGGCCGGCCCUCCGGGCAUCAAGAGCAUCCCGGGAGUUCAUCCGGCCAAGAAGGUCCUCAUGCACGGGAGAGGCCGAGGCGCGGCCGGAGCGAUGGGCCGGGGACGUCUGACGCCCAACAAGCAGAACCUCCGGGUGGUGGAGUGUAAGCCUCAGCCCUGUGUCGUGUCUGUCGAAGGGCUCUCCUCGUCCACGACGGACGUCCAGCUGAAGAGCCUGCUGACGUCAGUGGGUCCCAUUCAGAGUUUACAGAUGCUUCCCCAGCAACGGAAAGCCAUAGCUAAGUUCAAGGAACCAGCUCAUGCGUUAGCAUUUCAGCAGAAAUUCCACAGGCACAUGAUAGAUUUGUCCCACAUAAACGUGGCCCUGAUUGUUGAGUGACGUCUGGCGGGAGAUGCUGACCUGACACUGCCCGCGCUGUGGGGUUUCUUCGAGGAAGUGGCAGCGCGGAGUCCUCGCGAGCGUAGGCCUCUCCGUCUGCAGCCUCGCGUGGCUGUUGUCCGGAGCGGCGCACAGCCCAGUGUCGACGCCAGCACAGCUGGACUUGGGACACGGCGGACUGGGGUUUGCUGUUAGACUGCUUCACGUUCUGCUGUCAGCACAGAGAACUACAGUUUCCGUUUGCUUUUGUUUUCCAAGUGCUCACAUGCAUGUAGACAUCGUUCUUCCUGGUCGUACCGUGUGAUCGAUCACUUAGCUUCAGGAAGGGACAUUAACGUCACAGAUUCUUAAGUAGUUUUUCACAGCAAAGAAUACUUGAUAAUGGUUGCACUUAUCUUCAGUGCAGGCUAGACAGGUGUUUUCCCGGCCACGCGUGACUUGCGCUGACUUCUCAGAAAGCCCUCCAAAGGCUCUUGGAAAAACGUGGAUUAAAACGCGGGUGGUUGCGGCCGACAGUUUAAUGUCCUGGAAAGCGGGGUGUGCGGUGGCUGGAAGCGGCACCGGCUCUGGAGAUCCUGCUUCCUGUGACUGCUCCAGAAGCGCCCCGUGUUAUUCCCAGUGCCAGAGCGGACUCCCGCCCCUCUGCACCCUUCCCACAUCAGGCAGCAGCCCUGGCAGGCCCCACUCGACCUCCCUGGGCCUAGAGGAGGUGCCCGUAGCGUGGCCACCUUGCGGCCCUUCUGGAGUCCCCUGUCAGGCGGGCGACAGUUUGUGUGUACCAUGCGAGGUGGAGGGCCGGCCCGGAGCUUGAACACUUGCUGGGGUUUUUUUCCCUUAUUUUAAAUGCAUCCCAAAGGGGCAUAUUUGCGUCCCUGGCUUGGUGACUUAGACGUUCUUUGGGAACCUGGUUGGCAUCGCUUUGAUGAACUUCUUGUUUCGGAAGGCCUUUUGAGCAGGGCUGUGCCGUCCUCCGCGGACAGGAGCGGGUGCCCCCUCGUGCAGUGUGGCGCAAGGGACUGCCAGGCCCAAAGUGCAGACGGCAUAUGUUCGUGGCGCCCUGAACCCUCCUGAGGGGUUCUGGGUAGGGCCCUUCAGACGAGACCCUUCCUUUCUGUACAGCAGCGUUUAGUGAAGUUCAUUCUGGGCAGAUUCUUAAAAGUGCCUUAUUCAGUGUUUCUGCUCAUGAAGAAGGCGCACUGUUGUGGGUUUAUUGUGGCGUGGACCUGGACCGUCUGAGCCAGCACUGGGGGCCGGGCAGACUCUGCCCGCUAGCUGUGUUCACGCCGGAGACCGCCUGUCGGGCUGCUUAGUGGAGUUGGACGAGGUGGGAGCCUGCCACCUCUCAGCCUUCCGGGGGUCCUGGGAGCCUGGGUCGUCAUGUUCCCCGGGGUGACAUUUCUAGUUGUUUCUAGUUGAAACUCCCUGAGCCGUGGUGGAGUGUUCAGACCCCGCGGGGCUUGCUGCGGCGCAGCUCCCGAAGUGGCAGCGCGUGGUAGCGGUCGGCCGGAAGACCGUGCUGGUGGUUGGCGGCUGCUUUGCAGAAGGUCUGGUGCCAGGGGGCAAGCAGGCGGUCCUAGGAUGCCCUGGAACACCCUCCAGCCGAGGCGCCCAGCCUCGCUGGUUCCCGAGGGCCCCAGCGACGCCAUGGGAGGCGGUGUCGUGCCAGGGCCUCACCGGCCUCCACAGGCUGUCCUGGCCACUCUGGGCACCGGCAGAUAGGGCAGGGCUGAGGUGGUUUCAAAGCGUAGUUGGUUUGGUUCAGUCCAGUGGGCACUGUGUUGAGGUGAAGAGCUUGCCGGCCUGGAAACUGUCCUCGAGAGCACGCGGGCCGCUGCCCCACGCGGGGCCGUGGGCGGGCUCUCGGUGGGCGGACUUGCUGUAUCGCCCAGGGCCACCUGCUGCCUUAGAACGGGGUAGUCGGAGUGUGCUGGGCCUUGACACCAAAGGGCUGCGCGUUGUCUCUGAGAGUGGGCACGGAAACGCACCUCCUCGCCAGCGCCGGUCCGCUCGCCGGUCCUACGCGGCCGCCUCUGUUGAAGACAGACCUUGCGGCGACUUUCAGGUCUGCUUCUGGCGUUGUCUCAGUAGGACACAGGUGUCCGGGACGUGUGUGUUCUCUAACCGUCUGCACACACGGAGGCUUCCUCUUGCUGUGACGUUCUUGAAAGCCUCGGGCCAAGGGGAGAGAAGGCUCAGUGCCUCCGCCUCCCUGCGCCCAGGCACUGCCCCGGAGCAAAGCCUUAGUUUCCCCGAAGGGGACUGCCGGAAAGGGAGGGAGCAGAAUUAGAAAGUAACAUUAUGGCCGUGGUGGUGGUCGGUGUGCUUUCCGCAGUGAAAUCAGAGCACCGUCAGCUGAGCCCUCUUAGAAGAUCUGUUGCAACCAUUAUCUUUGUUCUUUAUUUAUCAUGCAUUUAAAAUGAGAUGCAGAAGCAUUUAACAUACUGUGUAAAUACGGACCUUUUAAAAUUAAAAUGUUAAUUGGAAAUGCUUUCAAUUCAGCAACCAUCUUAGCUCUUUGUUAGUUCUUUUGUGUUGUCGUAUGGAAGUUGCGCGGACACAGUCCAUAACUGUUGAUGUGUUUUGUGUAUAUUCGAUUUUUAUAAAGAUGGUAGUAAGUCAAUACAUUUA